AUGCUGAAGAUUCUUAACAUUGCAAUGAGACUCUCAGUGACUGAGACUGUUUUACUGAUACGACUUUUUAUUCCCCAGAAUGUAUUUUUGUUAUGGUAUUUGUGUUUUAAAAAUGUUUAUUAAAAUUGCAAAAUCAAAUUACAUUCACUUUUGAUUGAUUUCACAUUUUUCUUGAUUGAUUCAACUUAUGUGAACUGAAUGAAUGUACAUAAAGAUAGGAUACGGGAUAUUGAAAUUAUGUCAUAUUAUGUCAUAUUUUUUUAACACUAUACAUACUCAACCACAGAAGAAAGAAAAAGGUACAUCAAGAGGAAAACGGAUAAAAAGUUCCAAAUUUCUUACAAUGAAGAGGAUAUUUUCCACUGCAAUAGCCCAUCCUCAGCUCUGCAGAGUAGGGGAGAGUGGGGUAAGAUGAGCCAUUUUUCAUAUUUCGGCUCACUACAUCAAGGCAAUCUUAGUUUUGUCUCUAACUAGUGUGUCUGCAUAUUUCAUGAUGUUGUGCAUCCCUGCAAACCAACAGAAUGAGUGUAAACAUUGCUGUCUCGAUAAUAUAGCAUGCCAAAAAAAAGUGGUCUCCUAUGGUCAACUUAUUAUUGCAUAUAACUGCUAAAAAGCUGUUUUGUAAAAAUUCAUUUUAACAUGAGAAUGUCUUUAAGUGAUUCAGAACAUUCACAGCUGUAUUUUUGAAAAGAGAAAGUAACACAUUUCAACAAUCUGAACUGACUCCGAAACUCCGAUCCUCUCAUCAGACUCCUCUACUUUCUUAGCAAGGGCUACUUUUACUUACUACUAUUAUGACUUUAUUAGUCCUCCGAGUUAAAAUGGUGGACUUUUAUGUUAGGUUUUUGACUCAUGUUGUAGCUCAGAGAUACCGCAAUUGAUGUACAAAACAAAUUUACAAUUAUCUUUAUGGUCUGAACACAAUUCUAAUAGAACUUGUGACAGACUAAAUUCACUUUCAAGAGUGAAAAAUGUUUUUUUGGAAAUUAAUGUCUAACCCCUUCACUCAUGUGCUUCUAACCUUCACAGACUCCAUGAAUUGAUGCCCAUCUCCUAAACAUUUGGUCACAUGAUCAAUUUCUUUUACCACUUCCAAGCAACAGGGGUGGCUCAACUUACCCUUUGGCUCAACUUACCCCACUCUCCCCUACUCUGAAGUCCAUAAGAAGCCCUUUUUGUUGUCAAGAUGCGCCCUUUUUAAGAUUUCAUUGCUGCACUAAAGCAAAAAAAGUCCUGGUCCUAACUCCAGAUAUUAAUUUUAGUAGGUCAGCACUAAUGCUCACUUCUAGAAAGCUUCUAAAAAAAGGUGUACCCGAAAUAUAAAACAGCGGUCAUAAUGUGAGCCGGCUCCAAACUUGGCAGAUAUGUCAUUUAUGUUGUUCUUGAAUUACUGUUGUGGUAGUUAGAAGAUUCUUGCGCUCACAUAGGCAUUUGGGGAAUCGACCGCACAGACGGCAGAGAAACACUUGAGGCGGAGGGGGGCGUUAGCAGCGCCAGUCUGAACCAGAACCAGCGACAGAGAGAAGCUGCCUGACUGUUAGCCACAUAGCUUUUUACUACAGGGGCUAGCUACGAUAUAAAAAAGAGAAAAACUGGAACGCCACGACGGAUUUCUUGUGGGACAAACGUACAGGCCUCGCUGCUAAAACGGUACGCAUGAGCAGUGUCUUAAAUUUGUGUUUAGUGAGCUAUUUUGAGACCAAACUGUCAGUGCGGAUACGAGUGAAAGUAGCCGCUGAGCUAGCUUGCGAACGUAGCUAAGCUAAGAUGGCGGCCGAAUUAUUUACAUUAGCCAAGGCAUGCUAGCAGGCAAGUCGUCGCUCGUAGACGACUUAGUGCUGUUGCUCAAGUUAAAAGCAAUUUUCUGACAUAUUGUUAAGCAUGUGCUUAUAAAUGGAAUCGGUAUUUAACAGAUGAAGUAUAUGUAUGAGUACCCAUCAACGUUGACCGCUUUGACGGCAGUGUUACUAUCGCAUAAUCUUAACAUUGCAGAGAAAAACACAAGCAACAGAGCACAUAAUGAACUUGGAAAGAUGUUGUCACCACCCGACUGAUAACGAAAUAAAGUUAAUAUGAAUACUGAACUGAUUCCAGUGCAUUGUACAUAUGUAAUGUUUACAUUAUUGGAAGCAGUUCCAAGUUUGUGUUGAUUAACCAUUGCUCUGUAGUACGUUAAUAGCAGGAUCACACAGUUGAGGCUCUAUUAUCGUUAAACCUGUUUUCUACGUUGUCAGCAGUUGCCAUUAAGUUGCAUCUAUUUUUGCUCAGGAUUGUGGAUUACAUGCUUCCUAGGAAUGCUCCCUAUGAUUGAAGCUUUAGUCCUUUUUCAUGUUUCUGUGUGCAUUAAAAAAAACACGGGCCUUAUGUUAGUGCCACGGUUUUGUUUUUGUUUGACCGGUUUGUCUAUCUAUUAUUAAAAUCUUUGCUGUAGGCUUUGGCAACCAUGGGCUCUACCUAUAUGUACAGCUGUCAUUUAUGAAACAGUGGAAUUGUUACCUUUUAUGUUUCUCUCAUAGGGAAAAUAUUGUACUCCAUAUGACCAUUUAACUGUAGUCUAAAUGAGGCAUCUUAAGUCUUUGCUUUGGUCAGAAUAUGUGGUUUUGACUCCAAGACAAAAUCUGUUCCCCUUAGUCCAAGUAGGGCUUCUUGAAUCCUUAUCAGUUCUGUUCUUCUGUUCAUGCUCUAGAUGCCUCACACCCGACGGUACUCGUCUUCGGACAGAGACAGUCGAAGCAGCUAUCAAGACCGUUAUAGGGACAGAGGGCGAAGACCUCGACACAGAAGAUCGCCUUCUUACUCUUCUAGCAGUGACAGAGACCGAGACAGGAGGGGACGGGGACACAGACAAGAAGGCAGCUAUGCACGUACAAGGAGGUAAGUUAGUGUGUGGAUUUUUAGAUUUGUCUGGUGUCUCAAUUUGUUGGCUAUUUCAUUGAGCUGACAUCACUGCAAGUCUUGUUUUUCUAAGUGUUGUUGUUGAUCGUAAAGUUUAAGUCUUGUCCUUUUUUCUUUUCUCAGUCGAAGCUUUGACAAUCGUUCUACCGAGCACCGGCCGUUUGACCGAAGAUACUGCGAGGGAUACAGACGUUUGGAUCCGAGCCGAGAUCGAGACCGGGACAGAGACAGGGAACCACAUGGAGCAACAGAAAGUUACUACUCACGCGACUUUUCCCCAAACAUGUACGACUACCGACGUGGCCGUGAAAGGGAACGUGAAAGAGAUGACUCUUACCGGCGAAAGGGCAGCAGGCGUAAGCACAAACGAAGGCGGCGUAGAACCAGGUCCUAUAGCCCAUCCUCCUCGGUGAGUACAGCCAGACCUGAGUCUUUUGUUUAGCAUCUCUUCAUCUUUCCCAUCUCUGUCUCUUCCACUCUGCUCUCUCUGUCCCCGUCUUUCUUUAACCAUUUCUUUUCCACAGCUCCUGGAAUUGGUAAGUAGUACAAUCUUUAUGAUUUGUUUUCGUUUUGUCGGCGGGAUUUGGUUUAUUUUCCUGUUUAAGUGGGUUGUUCUUCAAUUGGCGUUUCUCUUUGGCAGAGCAUUUUCCUUGUUAUACAAAUGCUUUUUUUUUUCUAAGUACGGCAGAGAUCAACUACAAAUUCUUACAGCGUUUUUCUUCAGUCGCUACCUCCUAAACUUUUGCCCCUUGAAAGCCAAGUCAAACCUGCUCAAACUUGAUCUCGCAUCUGUGGUGCUAUGAAAUUAUAUUUAGUAUGUUGUCUGUUCUUUUGGACAAGAUCCAAAAGCCUGUGGCUUCAGCAGAUCAUCCACCGUUGAAUGCAAGCAGAGAUAGGCUGAAUAAGUGAAAAUAUUCUGCCAAACACUGUGCAAAGUUUAGUUCUGAAUGAAUGAAUGGGGAUUUAAAUCGAUCAGAUUUUUUUAAUGCAUUUUUUUUUUAUUUGGUUUGUAUUUAACCACACAUAAGUAGUAGUAAAUCUAAAACAAGAGAGUAAAUUUCAUGUAGCUGGGGGAGGGGGUUACAUUUAAUUUUCCUGCUCUUUUUAUGGUCUUUUCAUUUUAGUUCCAUUUUGAUUUCUUUUAAAAAUCAAGGGGAUAACUUUUAUACUAGUUAUAUUAUUGUUAUAACUGGUUUAUACGUUGAUGAAUGGAUAUGCCAGUUGCUUCCUUGUUUGUAAGCAGCUGUGGUUGAAAGGUAGAGGGGGGAGAGGAGCAGAGGACAACAUGUGAUCUUUGACUUGUUCCCUUGCACUAUAUCCCUAUCGUUAUAUAUUUCCUUCACGUGGUGUCAUGCGUGACUCGCCCCAUGACCACCAAACCCAUCUACCACCACAACUACAUCAACUACCACCAACACCGCCACCCUCCUCCUCCCUCCUCGUCUACCUGUGCCACCUGACGCCAUGGCUGCGGUUGCCCCUGAAAACCCCCCUGUUCCCUCUGGUCGUGUCGUGACCUGCUGAUGGUGGUUUGGGUGUGAAAACAGCGGAGCGACAGCCGGACGCGGGCACUGAGUGUGAGGGACGACGAGGAAGGGCACCUGAUCUGUCGGAGUGGGGACGUCCUGCAAGAGAGAUGUACUCACUGCCACUACUCUAUCGUAACCCUUCUCCAUAUGAGUAUAAAAGCAUAGAGCAUUUACAUGACAUGGGAGUGCCUGAUGAUGAUGAUGAUGAUGAUGCCUUGAUAGAAUGCUCUUCGCUCUAGCUGCAAUAGCAGGGUGGAUUGCAAGAAUGUUCAAGAUUUUCAGAGGGACUUUAGGUUCCUUUUCCGUUUUUGUUUUAGGAUUUUAAACCGUGGAGCAUUUUCUGUGUUUCACAGGCUACUUGACUUUCUAAACAUAGAUUCCCAUUUUCAGCUGUUUGUUUCUGUUUUGUUCCAAAUUGAAAACUCGAUAAUAGUCCUAAAUCUCUGACUAAAGCUAGCUAUUUUCUGCUACAAGGGUCUUGGGGGAUUUGUUUUGUAUUCUUUUUAUUAGACAUAAAGACUCUCUGUAGUCCAACCAACACACAUAUAAUCAGCACAUUUAUGUUAAAAUGUUUGCCAUUGCUAUGAUCAUGCAAUGGGUUGUAGAAAUAACACAUUACCCAUGUGUCCUUUUGGGCAACAUCAUAAAAAGUAUGUGUCUUUUUUUUUUGGAUGGCUACUAAUCAGCCAUCAAAGAAGGGGAGCGUUUACUCUUACUUCCUUUAUUUUCUUUAUAUGUAUCACAGCGCUAUGCUCUUAGUUAUCAUAGAUUACCUCAAAGACUGUCAAGUCUGCCAGGUUGAGUAGGCAGCCGUUUGAAAAAGGGGAUGGGCGCUAGAUUGAUCCGCCUGUCUACACUUUUGAAUUUUGUAUCCCUGCUUAAGCCCACAUGUCUAAUGCGUCUGUUCUAUCUAUUCCCGUGCCCCCUCUUUCCUUCUUUUCUUUCUGUGCUGUUUUGCAGAUGAGAUUGUCAGCACUCUGGGGGAAGGAACCUUUGGGAGGGUGAUGCAGUGCAUCGAUCAUCGCAGGUGUGUAUGUGUGUCUCUUGCAGACUUUAGAGAAUACCUGCUCUCUAUCCUUGAAUAGUGUGUUUGUGUCUUGCAUCUCAGGUGUCAGAUCAGGAUAAGUCUAUUAAAUAUCUCACUCUAUUUUUAUUACUAUUGUUUGCAAUUAAUUGUGGCAGUUUUGAAUUCAAGAGCUACAUCAUGAGGUAGUGUCCUGCUACUGUUAGUGCCUGAUUUCUUUGUUGAUGUUGUAAUGUAGUUUACUGUUAGGGAAUCAGAUGUGUUCUGUCCCAGCCCAUUCAAUUGCUCUCUGUUUAUCUCAUAGACUUCUACUGAUAAUGUAAUUUGAACAAGAUCAUGGUUUGUGUCCUAAAUUGACACUGACAGAUCUUUUGUUAGGUGACGUCUUAUAACACCACCUUUUGAUCAAAGACUUCACCAUCACAGUGAAUAUUAUCCGUUACAUCAGCUUUUUGUCUGCCAUUCAGUCAGACCCUUUUCUAAAAGUGGAAAGCACGUUCUUUGUUCUUAACUCUAUUUUUAACUCCUUAUUUUGUUUUGUGGUUUUUACAGGGGAGGAGCCAACGUUGCGCUGAAAAUCAUCAAGAAUGUAGAGAAGUACAAAGAAGCAGCUCGGCUGGAAAUCAAUGUACUGGAGAAGAUCAAUGAAAAGGACCCAGAUACCAAGUUGUGAGUUCUGACUUCAUUUUUGUCAAUUAAAAAAAACAUUUAUUAUUAUGAUUAACGUAUUUGACACCGCUUUCUCUAGUAGAGAUGACAAACCUUAAAUUUACUACUACAGAUGUUGGGUGUUUGCUAGUUUAUUGUAGCUGUUAUAUAAAUGGUGUUGUGUUUGGAUAGUAUGAUGCAACGUCAAAACUCCUUUGUUCUGUUUAUCUCACAGCCUGUGUGUACAGAUGUAUGACUGGUUCGACUACCACGGUCACAUGUGUCUCUCCUUCGAGCUGCUAGCUCUCAGCACCUUUGACUUUCUAAAGGAAAACAACUACCUGCCCUACUCAAUUGGUCAAGUCAGACACAUGGCCUACCAAAUCUGCCUCGCUGUGAAGUGUAAGUUUUUCUAUAUGUUUCAAAAUGAAUUAUUUCCAGUAGAAUAAAAUUAUCUCAACAGAUAUCAACUUCAAUGUAAUCAGAAGAAUUAAGAAUAACCAAUUCAAUGGUCUGGUUUAAAAAAUAGGAGCCAUGUGCUUAAGUUUUGUAAUCUUGUUUUGAAGUGUGUUAUUACUUCAUCUGUUGCCGUCACUUUAAGUGUUGGCAGUUUUGUUUGUGGUGGACAACCUUUGGCCACAUGAGGGCAUCAACGCUUCAGGCAGAGUGUGUCUGUUAACCUCAUAAGCUUCUCUGGGAGAAAAUAAUCCUGUUGUGUAGAGUUAAUGUUGAAUGCCAGAGUGUAAAUGUAUUCCUCUGAUUUUUCACCCUUUUCUGUGACCAUUUUUUAUUAAACUAAAGUGUGCAGCGUGAUUAGAGGAGACAGACUGAGUAAAAAUGCUUGAGUUGUAUUUCUCUGGCUGAGGAUAGACUGAUUAACAAGUUCUCUUCCCUCUUUUCUUUUUCUGUCUGUAGUUCUCCAUGACAAUAAGCUGACACACACCGACUUAAAGCCUGAGAACAUCCUCUUUGUAAACUCAGACUUCACUAUGUCCUUCAAUGUGGAGAAGGUGAGUAGAAUUGAGAAAGAUUAAGUGAUGUCAGUAUUUUGUGUUUGUAGACUUCAGUUGCAGCUGAAACAAAAAUUCCUUUUUUUUUUGCAGAAGCGAGAAGAGCGGACGGUGAAAAACACAGCAAUACGUGUGGUGGACUUCGGAAGUGCAACUUUUGACCACGAGCACCACAGCACCAUUGUAUCCACACGACACUACCGUGCGCCUGAGGUCAUUUUAGGUGAGGAACGCCACCAUGAAAAGAAAAAUCCCUUACAAAGACCUGAUGAUGGUUUUAGAUUUAAUAGUUCAGGCACUCAAAAAAAAAAGAUCACUUAAAAUCAAAGUCUGCCUUUUUUUUGUGCCGACAUCACUCAGUCGAUCUCUAGUUGAAUUUUCCUACAAACCCUUGUAGAAACAGGUCGUGUUCAACAAGCUGGAACAAGUCAUAGCUCACUGCUUAGCAUGUACACAACAGCAAAACACAUUAAUACUGUCAGGGAGAAGUAUGUGUCAGGAUCUAUGAGGGUCUGCUAAAAUGAGGAGAUCUAGAUUUGGUCUAUAGCUCUUUGCGCUCUGAUGAUGUCUUGGAAGCCCUUAUGUCAUCUGUACCAUCAACAUUGAGCAAAAAGCUGGAAUAAUAAGUAAUUAAAAAAGUUCUGUCAACCCCAGCCUGCAGCUGUCUCUUCAUAUGGCACUGUCUUUGUGGUUUUAUUCAUUUGUAUCCUGAUUUACCCCGUAGAGCUGGGCUGGAGUCAUCCCUGUGAUGUGUGGAGCAUUGGCUGUAUCCUGUUUGAAUACUACCUGGGCUUCACCUUAUUUCAGGUAUAACAGCGCUUUGCAGCGGUUACAUUUUGAUUCCACACUCUUAUUCUGAUUUCCAUGACCUUGAACUGGUUUAAUGUUUGUUAUCGCUUGAAUCUGUCUCCUUCAGACCCAUGACAACAGAGAGCAUUUGGCCAUGAUGGAGAGAAUCCUUGGACCUGUGCCCUCCAGGAUGAUUCGUAAAACAAGGUGAGAUGACAUGAAAAGGGCCUUUGACACAUGUAUACAGGCCACAAAUGACCAUAAACACACCUGACUGUUUCUCCCUCUGAUCUCUGUCCCACCUCAGGAAGCAAAAGUAUUUCUACCGCGGACGUCUGGACUGGGACGAGAGCUCUUCAGCGGGGAAAUAUGUCAGAGAAAAUUGCAAACCUUUACGGGUAAGGAUUAAAUGUGUCGACAAGAUUAUUGUAGCUCUCUGAAGUUCUCUUGUUCGUAUUCCUCCUAAUCUCUUUUUUCCACCUUGGCAGCGGUACUUACUGUCGGAGGCAGAGGAGCACCACCAGCUGUUUGACCUCAUUGAAAGCAUGUUGGAGUAUGAGCCGUCCAAGAGGCUGGCACUGGCUGACUCCCUCAAACACCCUUUCUUCGAGAACGGGGGAUACGGCGAGGCAGCAGGCAGCAAGAACUGGGAGGGUAACCGAGACAUCAGCCGGUGA